CCCCGCCCCGCCGCCUUCCCACGCCCGCAGCCGCCGCCGCCAGCACCGGGCCCGACCGCGCCGGCCGGUACCGACCCCGCGGCCCCCCCGGUGGGGGGGGGGCCAUGGAGCACCGGAGCCGGUAGCAGCGGCCUCGCACGAGGACCCGUCGCACGAGGAGCCGUUGCACGAGGACCCGGGACCCCCACCGCCAGGCAGCGCACCAGGACCCCCUUCCCCUCAUGGCCCCCCCCCUCCUCCUCCUCCUCCUCCCCCUCUCCCCCCCGACCUGGGCCCUGACAGCCUUCACCCUGGCCGCCCUCCGGGGGGGCGGCCCCCCCCCUUUCCCCUCUCCCCCCCUGACCGUCGUCGCCGCCGUCGCCGCCGCCGCCGCCGCCGCCGCCGCCUGUCCGUCCGUCUGCCGCUGCGCCGGCGGCCGCGUCUACUGCAACGACCGGGGCCUGACGGCCGUCCCCGAGGGUCUCCCCCCCGGCGCGACCACCCUCUUCCUCCAAAACAACCGCAUCGGCGACGCCGGCAUCCCGGCGCGUUUGGGCCACUUAUCGGCGUUAAAGGUCCUGUACCUGUACGCCAACGCCCUGGAGCAGCUGCCGGCGCACCUGCCGCCGGCGCUGCGGGAGCUGCACCUGCAGGAGAACAACGUCCGGGGCUUGUGCCGGCGGGCGCUGGCGCGGGCGCCGCUGCUCGAGCGCCUGCACCUGGACGACAACUCGGUCUCGGCCGCCGGCAUCGAGGAAGACGCCUUUGCCGAAAACCGCCGCUUGCGGUUGCUGUUUUUAUCCCGGAAUCACCUCAGCAGCGUCCCGCCGGGGCUGCCGCCGGCGCUGGAGGAGCUGCGGCUGGACGACAACCGCAUCCACACCAUCCCGCUCCGCGCCUUCGAGGGUUUGCCGGCGCUUCGGCGCCUGGUGCUGGACGGGAACCUCUUGGCCAACCAGCGGAUGGCGGACGACACCUUCAGCCGCCUGGUCAACCUCAGCGAGCUCUCCCUGGGGCGCAACGCCCUGGCGGCGCCGCCGGCCAACCUCCCCCGCGCCCGCCUGCGCCGCCUGUCCCUGGCCGCCAACGCCAUCAGCCACGUCCCCGCCGGCGCCCUGGCGCGGAUGCGCUCGCUGGAGCGGCUGGAUCUCUCGGACAACAACCUGACGACGCUGCCGCGGGGGCUCUUCGACGACCUGGGGAGCCUGAGCCACCUGGGGCUGCGCAACAACCCCUGGUUCUGCGGCUGCAACCUGGCCUGGCUGCGGGACUGGCUGCGCCGGCGGGCGCCGCCGCGGCUGGAGGUCAAGGGGCUGCUGUGCCAAGCGCCGGCGCGGCUGCGGGGGCUGGCGGUGGGGGACUUGAGGGGGGAGAUGGAUGCUUGCGACCCCCCCGCCGCCGCCCCGGGAGCCGCCGCCUCGGCGCCCGGGGUCGCGGCCGUGCCCGGCACGGCGGCGGCGGCGGCGGCGGCGGCAUCGCCGGGGGUCCCGACGUCAACGGGCGGCCUGUGGGUGCAGGCGGCCCCGGGGGGGUCUCUGAGGGUCCGGUGGCCCCCGGCCCCCCCCGGCGCGUCCUUACGCCUGAGCUGGUUGCGGCCGGGCGGGGGGGCGGUGACGGAGACGCUGGUGCGGGGGGAGCGGGGGGAGUACGUGGUGACGGCCCUACAGCCCCGCGCCCCGUACCGCGUCUGUCUGUCCGCCCUCGACCCCCCCGGCGUCGCCGCCAGCCCCCCGCUCUGCGCCCAGGCCCGUGCUGGCGGCGAGACCCCCGCCGUAUCACCGGGACCCCCCCCGCCAAGGGACGCGCCCCCCCCACUACCCCCGGCGGCGGCGGCGGGGGGGGCGGCGGCGGCGGCGGCCGGGGUGGUCCUGGGGGUCUUGGGGGGAUGGUGGAGGAGGAGGAGGAGGAGGGGAGGCGGGGGGGCUCCCCCGCCGCCCCCCAAAAUCGGGGGCGGGGGGUUGCCCCUAAGACCCCUGCGGCCCUCCGAGGAGGGCGGCAUCCGCACUGUCUUCCCCCCCCCGCCCCCGCCGCCCCCUCCCCCCCCGCUGCCCCCCCCCAGCGCUCGGGGGUACCGGGGGGGGCGGGUGCCCCAUGGUGGGGGUGGGGGAUCCUGAGGGGGGGGGUCCCCUCUUUCUGGGCCCCCCCCCGCGUUGGGGACCCCCCCCCCGGGGACAUGGCGGGGGACCCCCCCCCAUUUUGAGGACAUUUGGGGGGAUCCCCUGGGGGUUCCGGAGAGGGGGAGGAGGAGGGGUCCCCCUUCCCCUCCCCCACCUCCUUUUUGUGGGCAUUCGGGCUUUUUUAAAGGUGUUUUUUGGGCGCCACUGCUUUCGGGGGGAGAAAAGGCGGAUUUGGGGCAAGAAUGGGUCGGGGGGGGGCGAGCCCGGGUGUCUGGGACGCCCACGACCCCCGUGAAGCCUCUGGGCCUGGACAAGAGGCCAUGGGGAGAGGGGCUGGGGGGUGUGGGGGGACCCAGGUGUCCGGACCCCCCCGCCCCCCCGCGGCUCUGGGGCGUAUCAAAGUGCCCCCCUCCCCCCCCUCGAGGUGCCUUCACCCCUCCCCCCGCCCCCAGCUAUUGGAAUUGGGGGGAAAAGGACCAAAAUCAGGAAAAAUCGACCCAAAAGGGCCGAGGGGCGCCCCACACCCCCCCCCCCCCAAUAAACCCAGCGGCUCCUUUUCCCUCCAGCGCCUCUUUCCCGGACGCCUGGGUCCUCCAGCGCGGGGGGGCCGGGGGGGCGGGGGGCUGCACGCACGCGCGUGUGCAACGCGGGGGGUGCCCGCGCCUGUGCCGGGGCCUGCCGCACCAGGCCCCCCCACCCCCACCCGCACCCCCCGUGGGGUGGGGGUGUCGGGU